AAGCAUGCAGUGGUAUCUCCUCCUGAUUUGGGCACAGGGGCUGAGGCAGGCUCCCCUCCCCACCUCAGGAGCCGUGUCAGGCAGGAUAGUAACAAUGGGGAACGUUUCUGCAGAGGAAGGUGGCUCUGUCACCUUGCAAUGUCGCCUCUCCUCUACCACUGCCAAAGUGACACAGGUCAACUGGGAGCAGCAGGACCAACUUCUGGCCGUUCAUCAUGCUAACCUGGGGUGGUACCUCUGCCCAGCCUUCAGGGAGCGAGUGGUCCCUGGCCCCAACCUGGGCCUCACCCUGCAGUCGCUGACCAGGAAUGAUACAGGGGAAUACUUUUGUACCUAUCACACCUACCCCGAUGGGAUAUACAGAGGGACACUCUUUCUGGAGGUCCUACAAAGCUCAGUGGCUGAGCGCAGCGCUGGGUUCCAGAUCCCACUGCUUGGAGCCAUGGCCAUAGUGCUGGCAGUCAUCUGCAUGGCAGUCAUCGUGGUGGUCACAUUGACCAGAAAGUUUGUUUGUUUUCAGAAGAAAUCUCUCAGAGCCCAUUCUUCGGAAAGUGGCCUCAGGAGAAUGCCUCGUGAACAGGAGGGAUGGAGUGCCGGCGUUCUGUCAUCUGCUGGAAGCUGCAUCCAGGCAGAGGCUGUGCCCGUGGUCUUCUGCACAGAGCGGAGGGGAGAUGACUGUGCCGAGCCACAUGAAUACUUCAACGUCCUGAGUUACAGGAGCCUUGGAAGCUUCAGCUUCCCAGCAGAGACCAGUUAGCUCCCAGAGGCAUCGUCUGGGAGAUACACUCCUGUCUCUGCUAUUACAGGUGGAUG